CUCUGCACUCAACUCCUCACAGCUGAAACACAAUGAAUGAUAUCUACAAAGCAGCGGCAGAGCAGCUCACAGAUGAGCAGAAAAAUGAGUUCCGGGCGGCGUUUGAUAUUUUCGUUCAAGAUGCUGAGGACGGCUGUAUCAGCACUAAAGAACUGGGCAAGGUGAUGAGGAUGUUGGGUCAGAACCCCACACCAGAGGAACUCCAGGAGAUGAUUGAUGAAGUGGAUGAGGAUGGCAGCGGUACGGUGGAUUUUGAAGAGUUCUUGGUCAUGAUGGUGAGAUGCAUGAAAGACGACAGCAAAGGAAAAUCAGAAGAAGAGCUGGCGGAGCUUUUCCGAAUGUUUGAUAAGAAUACAGAUGGAUACAUUGAUCUUGAGGAACUGAAGCUGAUGCUGGAAGCUACAGGUGAAGUUAUCACUGAAGAUGACAUUGAGGAACUCAUGAGGGACGGAGACAAAAACAACGAUGGAAAAAUCGAUUAUGAUGAGUUCCUGGACUUCUUAAAAGGGGUGGAAUAAAUGAAGUGAAAGAAGGCCUUUCAUUAAGAUAGUAAACAUCAUAUAUGCUUGAUUCAAAAUAUAUUUUCCAAAGAUCCAUCACAGUUGUUGUAAAUAAGAUUCAUGAAGUAAUUUAUUUACCUUUAAGAUUUAGCUAAAGGUGAUUUUUAUCUCGUUACUCAUUCAUGGAAAACAUUUCACCCCAGGUCAAUGGAAAGAAAUGUGAUACGGUCCCACAAUCAUACAGUAUGACAUCCAGCAUGGAUGUGGUUUGAAAUCACAUCUCUAAGUCUGAAUGUUUGUGGGUCUUUAGAUUUAUACCUGUAUGAUAACAUGAUUUUUCUAGAGUAUUAAUAAAG